UGUUGCGCGGUGACGUCAUAGGGUUAGCUUCUCAACAUGGCGACGGAGCAGGCAGGAGAGAUGGAGGGAGCACUAACCCAGCACAGAUCUCCACACCCGGGCUUCAGCAAUGAGAAAUACUCCUUGCUUGUUAUUGUCGGGGAGUACAGCCGCCAGGGCCUGGUGGAAUACGUAGUUUCGGAAAUAGAGAGAGGGAUCCGCUCGUGGGACGUGGAGCUGACUGCCUGCAACCUGGACGAGCAGCUCAAGCUCUUCGUGUCGCGCCACUCCGCCUCCUUCUGCGAGGAGGUCAAAGGACAGAGGACCCUCCACCACAGCGGGGAUGUGCUUGAGACACAGGUCAUCGUUAACCCUUCGGAUGACUUUGUGUGCUCAGAGGUCCGGAGACUGAUCUCUGAUGUUUCACGACACAAGCUGCUGGUUCUUGCGGGUCAGUGUGUGGAGGACACUGGGGACCUCGUGUUGCAAACAGGCUGCUUUUCACUCCAGGAUUUCAUUCAGAUCUUCGCAGACAAAGAGAUUGGCGAGUUGCUGAGCUCAGCCGACCCCACACACAAAGCCAGUCUUACCUUGGCUUGUCCCGACUGUGGGGACUGGAAUAACUCCGUGCUGGAGAAACACAACCUCCAAGACUUCAUCGAGAUCAAAUCCAACCCCCCUGCCAUCCUCCCCGAGAUGGAGGGGCUGCAGGAGUUCACAGAAUACCUCUCGGAGUCCCUCGAACCCCGCUCUCCCUUCGAGCUCUUGGAGCAGCCCAACACGGUGGGCUUUCUGAAGCUUUCCAGGCCAUGCUGCUACAUCUUCCCAGGCGGGAGGGGGGACUCUGCCUUUUUCGCGGUUAACGGAUUCAAUGUCCUGGUCAACGGGGGCUCGGAUGCCAGGUCCUGCUUCUGGAAACUGGUGCGUCAUUUAGACAGGAUAGAUGCCGUACUACUGACCCACAUCGGUGUUGACAACCUGCCUGGGAUCAACAGCUUUCUGCAGAGGAAGACUGCAGAGGUGGAGGAAGAUCAGUCCGCAGGAUCCCAGAGCAACGAGGACUGGCUGAAGAAUCUGAUCUCCCCUGAGCUGGGGGUGGUGUUUCUCAAUGCCCCCGAGAGGCUCAAGACCAUAGAGAGCAAUCCAAAAGUGCUGAGGAGCUGCGAUCAAGUGGCACUGACCUUACAGCACCUGGACAGGUUGGUUAUUCGUCCAGAACCUCUCUUUCGGACCAACGCUGCAGUGGUGGAGCCAGUCAUCCUUUUCCAGAAGAUGGGGGUGGGCCGCCUGGAGAUGUACGUUCUCAAUCCUGUUAAGGGCAGCAAGGAACUAGAAGCCUUGAUGCAGAACUGGCCUGGCAACGGUUCCCCCAAAGACUCUGAGUGUCUGGCUUCCAUCUGUGCUCUUUUGAUCUGGCACCCUGCUAAUCCUUUGGAGAAGAUCAUCCGUGUUCUCUUCCCCGGCUGCACACCUCAAGGCAAGAUCUUGGAAGGCCUAGAAAAGAUGAAGCACCUGGAGUGUCUCAAGCACCCAGUGGUGAGCCAGAAAGAUCUGGAUGCCCCCAAAUCUGACAAACAACCCAAGAGGACGGAGAGCAGAGAGAGUCUUAAGUCUGGUCAGAGAGAUUCAAGAUCUGGUAGCAGUACACUGAAGGAUAAAUUGGUUCAGAAGAAACCAGAGACAAAAGGUAAGGAAAAAGGCAAAACUGCAUCAAGCGACUUGCCAAAAGAGGGGGCAGUCGGGAAGGAAGGGGAUGACAAACUAAAAGCUGACGUGAAGCCAAAGUCUACAAAGGAGAAGCCAGCAGCCAAAAAGGAUCCCUCAAAAGAUGAUAAAAAGGAGGUCAAGAAAAAGGAAGAGAAAGUCCCUGCGAAGAAAGAUGACAAUGGGGAGAAAAAGGAGGGGAAGAAAGAACUAGUGAAGAAGGACUUCAGCACAAAACUGAAGAAAGACCUCAAGGUGGAACCCAAGAAGGAAGUCAAAAAGGAUGUGAAAGCAGAGGAGAAAAAAGUGACCAAGCAGCCAGCCAAAGAGGUCAGGAAAUCCAUGGGUGGUACAGCUGCCGCAGCAGACCCUAAGAAGCUACCUGGUAAAGCGGGUACACUGAAGAAGGAUGGAGUGACAGGGAAAGCUACACCUCUGGCCAAAGGUGCAAAACCAAAGACCCUUAAGAAGGAGUCUGAUCCCAAGAGCCAACCAACAGCUGGCCCUUCAGAAGAUGAUGCAGAACGUUCCAAGAUGUCCACUCCUGAGGACAUGACCGCAGAGUUUGAGAAGCUUAAAGAGGAGAGCAAAAGGGAGCAGGGUGGAGAUGCUGGAAAUAAAGCCAAGGGAGAGUCGACAGAUGAAGGGAUCACCGGGACAGAAAGCCAGCACGAUUGGUCACCCGAGGACAAUGGAACUAAUCACCAAAACGAAGGAGAAACGGCAGGAGAGGAAGAGUUUGAAAGCCCAGAGAAGUUCCGCAAUAUGGAGGCCAUCCCCAACCCCAUCAAAAGCCUGGGCCCCCCUUCUCCACUAGCAAAGACCCCGAAGAGUGACCGUAGUGUGAACUUCGACCUGACCCCUACAGAGUACAUGCUACUAGAGGGAGGCCUGAAGGAUGGAUUUCUAAAGAAUGGCCAGGAGGACCCAUGUGCCAGUUCGGAUGAGAAGACCCUGGAGAUGGUAUCUCCUCCAGAUUCAGGUCCUGCCAGUGCUGGUCAUACGCCUUUCAACCAGUCCCCAGUAGAGGAUGCCCUGGGCUCUGGAGAGGAAAGCAGUUUAGGAGGUAAGAUCUCCAGCCUGGUCUUUGAUGAUGCAAAGCUUUUGGGUUCUUGCAGGAAUUCUGAGUCCGGCUGCCCCAGGUCUGGCAUGGAAAACUCUUCUUCCUCCCAGUACAACCAAUCCAGCUUCCUAUCCCUUAGCCCCUUCAGGGACAUGAUGCCUGAUGUCUCCUCCACCAUCACCACCUCCUCCUUCCCAGCCGAAGUGGGUUCCCCCCAUUCCACGGAAGUGGACGAGUCUUUGUCGGUGUCGUUUGAGCAGGUACUGCCGCCGGUGAGCGAGUCUCCCCAAGAGGAGAUGAGCGACCGACCCUACUCUAACGGCCACUACUCUGUGGACCCGGAAGCCAAGGUGGGAAUGACGCUGCCUCUGAGGACGUCCCACAAUGUCCGUCCUCCCGGGGAUGGUUUGGAAGGGCGCAUCCCUCCACCCCAUGGUGUCCUGCCUCUGUCCGAGCUCCCUCCUCAUGACGUUGACCUCUGCCUGGUCUCCCCCUGCGAGUUCAAGCACCCCAAAUCCCUUGAACACCAGCUCUCCCCUGCCCUAGUCAACCCCAGUCCUCGGGAGCUCUCUGACGAUAGUGACCUUUCCCAGGAACUGGCCAAGCCUCUAACCGAGCGGCGGUCCUGCGCCAAUCGCAAAGCUCCCCUGGGCUGCGAGACACCGCCCACUUCCGCCAGCGAGUCUCUACCCACCCAGUCCGACUCGGACGUGCCUCCCGGUACUGAAGACUGCCCCUCUAUCACUGCAGACGGGGGCUUGGAUUCGGACGAUGAUUCCGAGAGCUUCCCUGCCCAGGACCGCCCCCUGUCGCGCUCCUCCCAUCGGGCCCUGUCAUCCCGGGACCCCCCUCCAGCCCCCAUGAAGGACCUCCCUCCCCUGCCCCCCCAGCCCGGCACCUGUAUGGUGAACCCCGAAGCCGAGCAGCAGGCGAAGAACGGCAAAAGGGAUGCGACCAAGGUGAAGAAGCAGCUGAGCACGGGGAGGCCGAGCUCUGCAGGCGCUGCGCCCCAGAACACUAAAACAAAAGGGGCUCCGAGCGGCCCCGCUGCACCCAGAAACACCAAAAACACGCCCGCCAGGCCCUCCACUGCAGGCUCUGUGGGCAGUAGGACCCCCCCGGCCGGCACCCCUGUGUACCUGGACCUGGCGUACCUGCCCUCGGGCCGCGGCGCCCCCUCCGUCGACGUGGAGUUCUUCCGCCGGCUACGCUCCUCCUGCUACGUGAUCAGCGGCGACGAGCCCCUCAAGGAGAGCGUCAUGAGGCCCCUGCUGGACGCACUGCUGGACGGCAAGGCUCUGUGGGACAGCAACAUGCAGGUGACCUUGAUCCCGACCUUUGACUCUCUGGUGAUGCACGAGUGGUACCAGCAGACCCAUGAGCGGCAGCGUGAGCUGGCCGUCACUGUGCUGGGCAGCAACAGCACGGUGGCCAUGCAGGACGAGACCUUCCCAGCAUGCAAAGUGGAGUUCUGAGCGCCCCUGAAUCCAGCACGAACCUUUACCCAACAAACCCCCAUAACCCCACCCCUCACUCCCCCUUUAAUCAAACAGCUACAGCCACCAGUGAAACACAACCAGCCCUUUCAAGCUUUUCCACACUCCCGCGGUCAGCUGUCGGAGUACUGCAUGCAGCACUGCCAUGUUUAACAGCGUCACUCCCGCACACCAAGUCACUCUUGUGUUUUGAGAAACCACACUGGGCCAUCUUAAGAAAUUACCUGCAUCUGACAUGAGCAGAAGUAUCCUUUCUUUUUCACAGGGUGUUAUUGGGGUGUUUUUUCUUUUAGAGUUGCAUUUUCCUGCCUCGCGGAUCAGUCCCAAACUCCACAGCAGACAUGACUGCAGCUAAUUCUGUGACGGUUUGAACUGAUUUUUCCUAAGGCUGUGUUCCCUUUAAGUUGUGCAGAAUAUCUUUGAAACAUUUUACCUGGGAUCAGAAAUAAAAAUUAGAAGUAACUUCAAAAUCACUUUUCUAUCAUUUUGAUGUCAAAAGAAAAAAAAAAAGUUGACAUGGUUUAAAGAUUUUUUUUUUGUUUUUUUUUUGUUUGUUUUUUAAAAGGACCAAUCCCUUGAAACUCCGCACUCCCUGUCCCCCAGGAUGUUGCCUGUGUUUGAGCUCCUUGUUUUGGAAGGUUCCCCCAUGCAGGAGACCCUUUUUGAUAUUCAGUUUUUUUUUUUUUAUUCACUGCACCCUUGCUUCCCCACUAGAGUAACUGGCUGAUGCUUUUGCAGAUUGGAGUCCCUGUGGGUUGGGUUUCUUCACUACCCUUGGAAAGCAUUCACUUGGACGCAUAAAGGCUGUUGCCUGGAGAAUCCACAACCCAGCCAUGUGGUUUUAUAGGACUUCCUGUAUUAGUAGUCUUAGUGGACCAGUCUUGUACCUUUUACCAGAGCGAGCUCUGUAGUGUCGUUCCUGCUUUUGUGGUGUGAUCCUAUCGAUGGCAUUCCUGCACUUUUGUACAAAACACCUGUUGAUCCCUGAACUCUCACUAAAAUAGUAAAAACAAAUAUUGUGUAACUGCAGUUACUGUAAAGCAUGAAUAUGCAGGCACACUACUAAUGAUAUGGGGUGGGAAGUCUGUGAUCCAACUGCCCCUUGAAGAUUAACUAUAUUAACCCGUAAUGUGUGAUAACUUCUUAAUGCAAUCACUGGUUAAUUAAUUGCAUUAUAUUUACUAUCCCACAAUAUAAUAUCUACUAGUAGUGCACAAACCGGUUCUUUGAUUAUUCCGAUCAAGCUCUCCACAGGCGCGGGUCAUUGGUGUCGAUCGGGCUGAUCGCAGGGAAACCGCAGACAUCCCAAAUCCUAGCAGCUGUUUCUUCACUUCUUUCCCUUCUGAAUGGUCAGUUAGCUCAAUCAACACCGAUGACCUUCCCCUGAUUGUCAGCGCCUGAUCUCUGUGGAGAGCUCAAUUCAGAUAAUCCCAUAGUGCGGCACUCAUAUCUACUGCUUCAUUAAAUCAAACUGAAGCUCUGCAAACCAUUACAGGUUUUCACUGCAUACGCAUAUAAUGUGUGUGCGAGACGUAUAUGCAUGUACAGAGAGCUUUAAAAAGAAAAAAUCUGGGUAGGAUUACAUAGUGUUUCAUCUUAUCUAGGUGGACAAAGGGUUCAAACUAAUAGCUGCUUGCAUAGCUAAUUUGGAAUGGAUUCUAACGGUUUAGAAGCCACUUGCACCACUUUGCUUAUCUUAAGAUGAUACGCACUGUUUGGUUACUAUUCAUGUUUUAUAAGACUUUUUAAUGUUUCGAGUCUGGGUUUCGUUUAGUGCCUGAAUGUAAAAUAUUUACACAAAAAUAUCGUAAAAGUAAAAAAAAAAAAAAAAAAAAAAAAGUGAUCUCCACAUUUGUAACGUGUCCCUGCCCCUUAUUUGUUACUUCUGGAGUAAUGCUGUAGUGUGUAGCAGGCUUGUGUCUUGUGUAUUUGUUAUUGACGCUUACAUUAGCCUAAUCUAUACACACAUAAUGCAUGCGCUUCAGAUGAGGUGGGGAGGUGGAGUACACGGAGGGUUGGAGCUGAAGGAACGGAUGCACUUUGAGGAACUGUCUGUGGAAAGGCUGCAAGUCUUAAAGCAGUUGAAGGAUUAAGGUUUAAUUUUUGCUUUGGGUAAAGGAAGUAUAGCUAGACGGGCAACGCUGUGGUUUCUUUGGCCAGGAUGUACUUCGUUCAAGACUUUCGCUCUGUUCCGACUCGUGUAAAGAUCGCCCUUGAUGAGGUGGUUAAUUGGCUAGAAAGGUGAAGAGCAUGCUGUACCCAACAAAAAGUUGAGACACAUUUCAUGGUUCGGUCAAGUGGUACAAAGGCCAAAUUGUGAAUUGCUAAAAAGAAUUGAAAUUUGAAAGAUAACAAAAAACAAACCAAUCUCCCUCACAUUUCAUACUUUUAUUCCCUUUUAAUAUUGAGGGUGUAAAUUAAAUAUAACAUAUCCUAAAUAUAAUACAGUACAUAUUUACUAUAAUCUUAGAUUAGCUUUAUAAAUGUGGUUUUGUGGGGUUUUUUUCAAAUAUUUUGAGGAAAUGAACAGGGCCUUAAACAGACAAUGUAGAAUAUUAAUGAACAAUUCGGCAUGUUGGAGACUUCCUGUUAUGUAUGUUGCUAGGGGCAACAACAGAGGCCUGUUAACUCCUUGUUUACAUGUGCAGUAAUAGAUACAAGCUGUGACCUUGCAAAUUAGUGUUUUGUUUUUUAUUUAACUUUGUACAAUUAUUCAACAUGUAUCCAUUCAAAUAUAAUGUAAAAAAACAAAAAGAAGCAAAUUCAAUUGCCCAUCUUUAUUUAUUUUUGUUUUAAAUUAAUAUAUUGUGUUUUUUGUUUGUUUUUGUUUUUUUUUGCAGUAUCAAUUAAUUCAGUUUGGGAAGAUCUGUAAACUUUAGGAAUAACAGGUGCCUCCUAUUUGAAUUAAUCCUUUCCCCUUGAAGGACUAGUCUAAAGCAUCAGGUGGCUCUUUAGGUUAUAAUGUCUUCCCCUAAAAAUAACAAAACAAGUAAAUGCUCCUGAAGUUUGUGUUUGGCGAUUUGUUGUUGUGAGAUAUUCAGAAGGACAUUAUUCAUAAUAAACACAUGCCACCUGGUGGACAGAUAUGGUAAUUGACAGGAAACCCUGCUAUUGCCACAUGUUGACAACAUUUACAUUCCCCCUCCCUCCCCCUUAUUUAAAACGUAAAACAAAACUCUGAAAAUAAGUGAUCAUGUUUGCUUAUUUGCAGUGUUGAAUGUUUGUAGCUCUAUCACAGCUGUAAGAAUCUGUCCUUGUGGGCUGCUUAGCUGCACAGUGAGACGCUUGUGAUUUUCCUGUGCUUUUGGUAACAGAGGGGAAAGGAGUGUAUUUUAAUGAAGGCUGAUUCAGUAUUGAACACUAAUGUUUGUUUUUUUUUCUUUCAAUAAAUAUGCUUCUUUUAUAACCCAA